CACCGAUCACUGAACUACUCGUACAAAGUCCAAGCUUAAAUGAAGAGAGGACAGCCUUUCCCGAAAAGCAAAUAACACCCUCCCAGCAUAAUUACCUACCUCCUCCUCCUUCCACUACCCCCCGAUACAUACAUAUACCACCGGUACAUACGGUGCGGUAGUCUUGAGAAACAAAAAAGAAAAAAGAAUAGAUCUUCUUUCCUUUUUUUUUUUUACGACCACAUCCACAAUCUACAAGUACUUCAUAAGGCUUCCUGGUUCCACCUUCCUUCACACUCCUCCCUUCGUCAUCCGUCAUCGGUUUACCACUAUUACAGCUACUACUACACAAUUUGCCUUGCAUUUCACAAGGGAAACCAUUUCGACUCCCUGUUUUGGCACCAUCUAGCAAAAACCUGUUGGAUUGCCAUCUUAUAUAUCGCAAUACUGCAUAGCCAUCAAUAAGCCUCGGGCUUAUUGAUUAUAGUCGGUGUUUUCUUCCACAGUCUUCAAAAUUCAGGAAUUAGAGGUUAUUCCGCGGUGUUUACCGUGGUCUUCACUCGUGGCGUCCCAAGGAGUUUACUCGGCAUACUCGCCGCCAUCUACAGCUACGGCGUCAUUCGGAGAAUACUCGCAGUACGGCAGGAUGAAUCAGUAUGGGGAUGAGGAGGAUUGGAGUCAAUUCCCAGUGGGGUGUUAUAGUAACUCGUUAAGCUACCAUGCAACGCUCGAGUCUCACCCAUCGCUAGACUACCCGCUCUCAUUAUCCCCGAUGCCACUACUAUCCUCACCAUCCUACACAGCACCCACAACGACCAGCUCACCACCACCCCCAACCCUCUACACAACCGCGCAGACAAACCCAUUCAAGCGACCGUACCAACCCGACCCAACCCCCGUCUCCUCCCCGCAAGCCAUGCCGCCAACAAAGCGACGAAAGUCGACGAGCAAGGAAGCCUGGACAAUGACAGAAGACGACAACCUCCUGCUACAGCUCAAAGACGAGGAAGGGCUGCCAUGGAAAGCGAUAGCCGGGAAAUUCCGCGACAUGGGCCGAGGCGAGUUUCGAGUCCCCACGCUGCAGAUGCGCUACAAAAGGCUCAAGGAGAAGAUGCGGGUUUGGGAUAUGGAAGAUAUACAAUUCCUGAAGGAGGCAAAGGAGCACGUCGAGAAGCAAAAGUGGGAACUCAUCUCGCAAAAGAUGCUAGAGCUCGGCUGCAAAAAAAAGAUACCCGCCGUUACUUGCGAGAAGAAGUGGAAGGAGAUCUCACCCCAGGCCGGCCCUCCCACCCCGCAACCCUCGCAGACGUCGAGCGUUUGCGGGACCGAAAUGAAGAGGGAGCUGUCUCAGAUAUCUGAUGACGGAUGCUGCUAAACUCAGCACUGGGUUACCUAUUUAUUUAAUAGCUAGAGACUGGAUCCUUUAUCUAGGCUUUUCUUUUUUCCCUCUUUCCAUCCAUCAUCCCCCUUCUAUUUGUCCGCGUCGGUGAUGUGGGGCUUUUCCUUUUCCCAUAUUUAUUCAAUUUUCUUUUUGAGUCAUGGUGGGGGUAGGUCUGGAUAUGGGAAUUGUCACUUUUUUUUUCUUUUCUUGUUUGUUUUCUUUGUGGGAGGGCGCGGGUUGGUCGGUUGGUCGGUUUUAGGGGUUUGUCGGGGCUUCUUUUCUGUCUAUCCAUAUUCUACUAUUUCCAUUUACUUUUCCUUUUUCAUUUCUCAUCGGAUGGGUUGGGCUUUCACGGGGUUAAUAAGAUGGUUUCUCUUUUGUCCUCUUCUUCUAUCAUACUUGCAACUUUCUUACUUGCUUCAACUAUUCCUCCUAUUCCUUAGUAUCAUCACAUCCCUUUUUAUACAGUGUCGGCCUCGGUGUUUUCUGGAUUUCUCUCUUACCUGGGUGUUUUUGCUUUUCCAAACCUUUCUUUCCACUUCACAUUCUAUCCAUAUAUCCAUCUCUUUCUAACUCAGCCUCGAGCAAAAAAGGAAAAAAAGGAAGGAAAAACGGGGGGGGGGGAGACGGAAAAAUGGGGGGACAAAAAAGACAGGAAAAAUGUUACCUUGUAUUAUUUAUCUCUCUUUUUUUUUUUUUUCCUCCACCACUGCUAUCAUACCUUUACAUCAUUGUCAUCAUCAUCAUCAUAAUCAUCAUCAUCAUAAACCAGCAUUUCAUCCCUUUUCUUAACUGUCCUUCCCUCCCUUCCUCCUUCUCCCAUUCCCUAUUAGUUUGUCAAAGCAAGUUCCGCUCCACCCUUUUCAAAACAUUGGGUAAUGUCGUUUCGCAUUUUUUUCCGUUCCACUACAAGAAAGAAAAAUGGGUUAGGACAUCUGCUUUUAUCGAUUCAUUAGUUUAGUAGGUUAGUCAUUCAAGAAUGGAACAGAUGGAGGUCGGGGAGGGAGUCGGUCGGACACAAGAAUAAGAAACGAAGUAACAAGUUUUAUCAA